AUGUACUUCCCUUGCGGGCUACCUUCAAAAUGGAAGGUAGCCCGCAAGGGAAGUACAUCAAAAUGGAAGGUAGCCUGCAAGGGAAGUACAUCAUUUUCGGGCAAUGCCGUGACUCGUCUUUUUGCCCUUAGGCCAACCUCUGCCCAGGACCUUCCUGUGGCUCGAUUCGCUUCAACGCCUUCCUGUGCCUCGAUUUCCCUCAACGUAGACUCGUUUGGAUACUACUUCAUGUCCCGAAAACGCUCCGACAAACCGUUUACGAAACCGUCAACUCUUCGUGGAGACUCGUUUGGAUACUACCUUACGUCCCGAAAACGCUCCGACAAACCGUUUAUGAAUCCGUCAACUCUUCGUGGAGACGCUCCAACAAACCAUUUACGAAUCCGUCAUCCCUUCGUGGAGACCUUCCUGUGGCUCGAUUUCCUUCAACGUAGACUCGUUUGGACACUACUACACAUCGUGAAAACGAUCCAACAAACCGUUUACGAAUCCAUCAACCCUUCGUGGAGGACCUUCUUGUGGCUCGAUUCCCUUCAGCGUAGAUUCGUUUCGAUACUACUACACGUCCCAAAAAUGCUCCAACAAACCAUCCAUGAAUCCAUCAUCCCUUCGUGGAGGUAUGUCAGUUUGUAUUUUCAUGUUUUUGCCCAAGUUAUGGUGAACUCUGCCCAAGACCUUCCUGUGGCUCAAUUUCCUUCAACAUAG